UUCCAUAUUUGCAAGUCGUUUUCUAUUUUCACCCUCUGCAGUGGCUUAAAAUUUUUCAAAACAAAAGCAUAUUCAACCCUAGGAACCUGCAUGAUUCCUAAGGCAUGGUAAUAACUGUAGAUUUCAGUGAUAAAUGUAUAACCAUUGACUGGUCAAGCCCUCUGGAUACGCCCCUUUAUCCAUCAUUUUCAUUAAUCCGAUCUUCUACAAGUCUCAUUAGAUUCAGGAAGGGACUAGUGCAUGGAACAUGAAAUCUUCAGUCCUUAAAGCUUUCUUUCUUUUCGCCUCCCUAGCAGCUACAGUGGUAUGCCAGGAAGAAUUGGAUAACAGUUACACACAACAGGAUGAAGCUAACAGAGUUUUCACCAGUAAGCGAAUUCUGGACAUUUUGCGGCCUCAGGGGCAUAUUAAACUUCCUUAUCCCAGAUCCCUGGCCAAAGAUUCAUUUGAUUUUGAACCAUGGGGCUCAAUACAAUCUCUAGGUUCACCAAAAAAUGAAGAGGAGGAAUCAAAUUUAUCGCAUAUCUUAGCUUAUCUCAUUGCCUUUAAUUUUUUGAGGAAUGACAGAGAAAACGUAAGACCCUUCGCAUACCACAAAACAAAAAGAAAUAUUGGAAGAUGGAGAAACAUGAACUGGAAAUUCUCUGACCGUGAUGGAAAUCCGACAGUGUAUAACUUUCCCAAGUAGAGGAGAAAAGGACAUCUUACUGGUGGAUGUCAAUGACUUGGUGAGACAAAUUAGUGGGAACAGAAUAAGCAUCACAAUUGUGUCAGAGGGAUAAAUUUCCUUCUAAAAUGUUGUGUACAUAAUUAAU